GGGCAUGCUUGCUAUAUGAUUUGUUCUGGUCAUGGGGUGGGACGAUGUCACACUUAACUCAGUGUGGAGGCACAAUACAUCAUUCAGAGGAUGAUGGGACAAGGUAGGGCCACAGAUUGCAGUGCAGCGUGAGAAGCUGUUGUCUGCGGAAUUCCUAAACAUUGAAGGGCAUGUGGAGCAGGAUUCCUUUCUGCCAGAGUCCCACUUGACAAUAUGGUAUUCCCAGAGUCAAAGGGUGUCCAGACAAGUGGGUCUGAGGAGAAAAGAUCCACCCAGAACCGUGUCCUACCACAACACUCUCCAGGACCCAACUAUCUCACCCCGAGAUUGAUUAUUUCACCCGUCAAUGUCAAUUAUGAACCACAGGACUACACUGAGACCGACCCACUACUACCCAGUGGGACAAGAUUCAUUGGGUCUCAGGAGGCAAAGAUCUCUCGUAGUAGUACAGCGGUACGCCCCGAGUCAGUCUGCUCCUUAGUGUUGCAGAUACUGGUGUCGUUCCUGCUGGCUGGGCUGGGAACUAUCUCUGCUGGACUGCUUCUUGACAUGGUUCAGAGUUGGGAUGUAUUCCAAGAAAUCACAGAGAUCUUCAUUUUGCUUCCUGUUGUAUUGGGCAUGAAAGGAAACCUGGAAAUGACUCUCGCCUCUCGACUGUCAACAGCGGUAAAUGCAGGAAAAAUGGAAGUUGCAAGUGAAAAAUGGAUGCUGAUCAUCGGAAACCUGGCAGUCAAGCAGCUACAAUCAACUAUCCUGGGUCUUCUCGCCUCCCUGAUGGCUAUUGUGUUGGGCUGGAUUGCGGAUGGAAGGCUACCAUUCAAUCAUGUUAUCCUUCUGUGUUCAACCAGUGUUUGUACCACAUUUGUGGCCUCACUGCUGCAAGUCCAUUUACAACUGUGUCUAGGUAUUAUAAUGGUGGGAGUGAUUAUCGUCUCAAAGCGGACUGGGAUCAACCCUGACAAUGUUGCCACACCCAUGGCAGCCAGCUUUGGAGACCUCAUCACGCUGGCCUUAUUAGCUUGCUUCAGUCAGUGGUUCUACUCCUUCAUAGACUUGUAUUCAUAUGUGCUGUAUCUCUUGGAUCUGUUUUUGUUGUGCUUGAUACCUCUGUGGAUUGUGAUCUCCUCCAAACACCCUGCGAGUCAGCUUCUCCUCCGUACUGGGUGGGAACCAAUCAUAACAGCAAUGGUCAUUAGCAGUAUGGGGGGGUUUAUACUGGAUAAGACUGUGUCGGAUCCAAACUUGGCUGGAAUGAUACUUUAUGCUCCAGUUAUCAAUGGCAUUGGAGGUAACCUUGUCUCCAUACAAGCAAGUCGCAUUUCCACAAAAUUACACAUUAAUUUUGCACAUGGAGAGGUUCCUGAAGAUCGUAAAAGAUGCCACCAACCCUGCAGCACUUUCUUUGGUUCAGAACCAAAUCACAAAUCUGCAAAGGUGCUACUUCUCAUUGUCAUUCCUGGUCAGCUGAUUUUCUUAUACGUCAUUCACCUGAUCAAAGGGUCCUAUACCAUGCCUAGUGCUCUCUUCACAUUCGCGUUCUUGACCGCUUCUUUAAUUCAGGUCUUUUCUUUGCUGUGUAUAGCUGAUUGUAUGGUGCACUGUUUGUGGAGGAGGGGGAAAGAUCCAGACAGUUACUCUAUACCCUAUCUCACAGCUCUUGGUGAUCUUUUGGGGACAGCUCUUCUCUCCCUGGCCUUCCUAUUGCUUUGGUGGAGUGGAGACAUUGGUGGGGGAUAAGCUCAAAGGAGGAAUGUGAUAUUACUGAAAAGUGUUUGUGUGUUUGAAUAUGAGAGGACAAAAUAAAUCAGCGUGUUGUAUAGUUCGAUGCCAGACAGA